UCUCCACCAGCUUUGUUGGAAAGGUUAGCAACCGGAAGCUGUAUCUGGCUACGUUUUCAGCGGUUCUGGGCCCCUUAAGUUUUGGGUUUGUCCUUGGGUACAGCUCACCUGCCAUCCCAGAUCUGUGUAAGAUUGCCAACCCCCGGUUGCAGUUGGAUGCCGAACAGGCUUCAUGGUUUGGGUCUGUGGUGACAUUAGGUGCGGCACUGGGGGGUGUGAUUGGUGGCUGGAUAGUGGAAAAAAUUGGACGGAAACUAAGCUUGAUGUUCUGCUCCUUGCCCUUCAUCUUUGGUUUUGCCAUCAUCAUCGCAGCUCAGAAUGUCUGGAUGCUGUAUGUGGGACGGAUCCUCACUGGAAUUGCCAGUGGAGUAACAUCGCUUGUGGUGCCUCUCUACAUUUCUGAGAUAUCCCACGCCCGUGUCCGGGGAACAAUUGGCACAUGUGUGCAGCUCAUGGUGGUGUCAGGUAUAAUGGGAGCAUAUGCCGCAGGCCUGGCCCUGGACUGGCGCUGGUUGGCAGUGACCUGUUCUGUGCCGCCCACGCUCAUGUUGGUGUUGAUGUGCUUCAUGCCAGAGACGCCACGGUUCCUUCUGUCGCGGGGCAAGCGGCAGGAGGCCGAAGUGGCGCUGCGCUUCCUGCGAGGGCCUCAUGCCGCUGUCGAAUGGGAGUGUGACCAGAUAGAUGGGGCAUCCCUGGAGAAGGGACACACACUUAAGAUGUCUGAUCUUUGGGACCCUGGGGUGUACAGACCUUUGGCAGUCGGUGUCCUGAUGAUGCUCUACCAGCAAUUCACAGGCAUCAAUGCUAUCAUGUUUUAUGCUGAGACUAUCUUCGAGGAUGCCAAUUUCAAGAGCAGCGAUGUUGCCACAGUGAUUGUUGCAGUAGUCCAGGUGGUCUUCACAGCUGUGGCAGCGAUGGUGAUGGAUCGGGCUGGGAGGAAGUUUCUUCUGAUCCUGUCAGGGAUUGCCAUGUCAGUCAGCACAGGAGUGUUUGGUGUUUACUUCAAACUGACCAGCCCAAUACCUAAUAAUUCCUCUGAUCCAAAAUUUCUGGUUUUGGCCCAAGACCUGGAGCUGCAUGACCAACAUGAGCUGGCAUGGAUCGCCCUUGCCAGCAUGGGUCUCUUUAUAGCAGGUUUUGCCUUGGGCUGGGGCCCCACCCCAUGGCUGGUGAUGUCAGAGAUCUUCCCCGUACAAGUACGGGGAUUGGCCAGUGCUAUCUGUGUUUUGAUGAACUGGACAGCUGCUUUCAUCGUCACCAAGACUUUCCAGGAUCUUAUGGACUUGCUGGGGAGUGCUGGGAUCUUCUGGUUGUUUUCAGGUCUCUGUGCACUGAAUGUUCUCUUCACCAUCUUCUGUGUCCCAGAAACCAAGGGCAAAACUCUGGAGGAGAUCCAAGCCCAUUUCAAAGGAACUGACUAGGUGUCAGCCCAUGUUGUUGUCUUUUAUAAAUAAUUGUAAUAACCAAUACCAUUUUAAACCUUUAUCUGCAUUUUUUUUUUCAUUUUGAAUUUUUAAAUUCAAAUGAUCUGUAAAACUGGCACUUGUAAUAUUUUAGUCAUAUGAGAAGUGAUACAUUUGUAACCUGUGUAAAAUAUUUUUUUAAGCAACAAUUGCAAAACAAAACAUUGUUCUAGUUUUGUUUUAUGAUUAUGUUUUGUAAUAGAAUUGUACAGUUUUUACAUUUGUAACCACGGAGUUAUCCAUGACCAAUUUGAGUAGCCGAUUACAUUUCCAAGCACACUAAUAGUCCAGUGUUAACACAAAUACAGAACAUCGUAUUAUGAUAACCAUAACUAGAAUACGGAAUAUACUUCCCACCACUGAAUACUCUACAGUUACCACCUUUUGAAUAGAAUCCAGAGAAGGACUUGACUAAUCACAAGGUAACAGCAAAUAGAACAGUGACUGAUACUUACUUCCGAGGAUCCUGUAGGUUAAGUUGACAUUGCAUAUUCCUACUUCAUUAUCCUUGCCUCUUACCGGGAAAUAAGUAUGCCUGUAUGUUCAAUUUUGCAUCGACUUUUUGGUCAUUCACUAGCUUGCCAUCAUGGGAAACCCAAACUGCUUGAAUUUUUGAUGCAAUUGUAAGAUGCACUUUUGUCUCAAUUAUGAAGGGUAUGAAUAUAAUGUGAUGUCUGGACCAAAUAAAGUAUUGUAACAGUG